AUUUCAUUGUGAUCGAUGGUGAAAGUCAAAGAAAACCCGAAGCAGCUUUUAAAUACAGAGCACUAAAACUACAUCAGAAAAGGGAUGAAGACCACUAAAGAGAAUUGAAUCGAGAACCAAUGUCAGAUCAUAAAGUACGGAAUGGCACCUGUGACAAAAUCCCCAUCUCGCAGAAAUAUAAAUGUAUGCUCCAUGCGAUGAGAGUGACAGCCCUUACCGGAACAGCAGGUUAUAAUGGCGGCAAUAUGCGGCGUGAUCUACAAAACGUUUUAACUCCUGUGGUUAUCCAACAUUUCCAGUUAUAAAAGCAAAGUACUCUAGAUAUUAACAUUAUAAAUGGCAUCCAUUUUGGGAGGUGGGUUACCACCACUGUCCCUCCAGGAUGUUUUGGAAAACUCAGGCCGCCUUGUAGAUAAAUUCUUACAAGAUGAUCGCAGCUACUUGGAUUUGUCUGAACAACUGCAAGUCCAUUCCCACAACCAACCAAACUCAAGUGGUCUUCAUGACUUCGACUACCCCAGUUUGAUAGAAGCUGGUUUGGGACUAGAGGCUUUGCCUGAAGUCACCAGUGUCAAACGACUACCUCUUCCACCUGAACUCACAGAACAGUUUGAUCGGAUGCAGUGCAACUGCAUGAUGGGACUGUUUCCAGAAAUAGAACGUGCCUUUCUCACCAUUGACAGUGACAUAUUUGUGUGGAAAUAUGAAGAUGGGGGUGACCUGGCCUACUUUGAUGGGCUAAACGAAACUAUUCUCAGUGUUGCCCUCAUAAAACCCAAACCUAGGAUAUUUCAACCUCAUAUUCAGCACCUUUUGUGUCUGGCCACACCAGUCGAUAUUGUAUUGCUUGGGGUCAGCUUCUCCAAGUUUCAUGAUGGUGAAGGGGGAGAAGGAAGUAGAGGUGAAAUGCAUCUUCUUCCCGAGCCGUUGUACUCCAUUCCUACAGACAAUACAUUUAUCACUGCAAUCACUGGCACUGACCAGGGAAGAAUAUUUAUGGCUGGGAAAGAUGGAGCUCUGUACGAAUUAAUUUAUCAGGCAGAAGAUGGGUGGUUCAGUCGUAAAUGUCGCAAGGUGUGCCAUUCAACUAGUUCCCUGUCAUUCCUGGUGCCCUCGUUUCUAAAUUUCUCCUUCAGCCAAGAUGAUCCUUUGGUUCAGAUCAGCAUAGACAACUCAAGACAUAUUUUGUAUGGACGUACACAGAAGGGCAGCAUACAGGUAUAUGACCUUGGUCAGAAUGGAGAGGGCAUGAGUCGUGUGGCAUCUAUUUCUCAACAUACAAUUCUUAACAGUGCUGCACUCAUUGCUAGGACAGUGGAAAAAUCUAACUUCAAAUCUAUUGUACAUAUCUCGGCUGUGACAAGUGAUGAGUCUGCAAAUAUUCAUCUGAUUGCUGUGACACAAUCAGGGGUGCGAUUGUACUUCACUACAUCACCUUUUGGCUCUCAGUGCAUGUCGCCAUCCAUGUUAAGCCUUGUCCAUGUGCGCUUGCCUCCAGGAUUUUCAGCAGGUGCUAUCACACAGAGGCCCACAAAUGUCCAUACGGCAUAUCACAGUCAUGGUACAUUGCUCCUCAUGUCCAGUCAGAAUGAGGACAGUGAUAUGCUGUGGGUCAUCAACAGUGAUUCUUUCCCCUUUCAGAAGCAGUUGAUGGAAACCCAUACAUCUCUGCUGGUGGAUGGCAGAACGUGGACCAUGGGUGAGAUUAGGAGACCUGAAAUAAAAGCGCAAAUACCACCAGGAACAGUGCAACGCCCUGAUCCACCUGUGGUGGUAACCCAGCACAUAGAGCCUGCACGCACUUUCAUUAUUCUCACAGCACAGGGCUCUCACAUUAUGCGGAAACUUCGACCAGUGGAGCAACUGCGGCAGCUUUUGAUUGACUGUGGUGGUCCUGAUGCUGAAGAGGUCAAAGCAUUUUUCAGACUUCACAAGCUAGAUCAAGCAUGUGCUACUUGUUUGGUACUGGCCUGUUCACGUAGUCCCACAGAGCAGCAAGUUGCUGACUGGGCACGCAUGGCUUUCUUUAUGUACGGAGGGGAGGCUCAGUAUAACUUUGUCUCAGGCUCUGCCCUUCAACCAGCUACCAUUGGCUCAACAUCUUUUGCUGGUGGCAAUAGCCUAAGCAGCACUGUGAUGUUCACUCCUGGUGGUCUGUCAGCCAUGACUCCCAUGCCAGGCAUCAUGCCUGCUCACAUGUCUACACCCAUGGCCUAUAGUACACCACUUCAUCAGGCAACCAUUGGCCCUGUACCAGGUGGUGUUCAAGAGGUCAUUUAUUCUGGGAAACACAAUGGCAUCUAUAUUUACCUUGCUCGGAUUCUCAGGCCUUUCUGGGACACACCUGUUACUGUGGAACUAUCAUGCCAGACACCCCAGGGGACGACAGUUUAUCUCACAAGCAACUACAGCAGUGAACAGCUGACAGAAGCCCUGGAGCUAGUUCGUGACUUGUCUGAUUUUGUGGAUUUUAACUCCAAGUUUGAUGCUGGUGGUCCCUCAGAUCUAAUGUCUCCUGCACACAUUCCUGCAAGACUUCGCUUUGGUGAUGGAGGGCUAGAUGAGCACACAAGAAAGAAACUUCAGGCUGAAGCUCAGCGUGUAGAAAAGAUCUCCCUGCAACAUGUUCAGGAACUGCUGCAUCGUGUGGAGGAGGUAUUGGGCCUGUGGCGUGUUCUGCUGGACCAUCAGCUCCAUUUGCUUGCUGCCGGGCUAUCCCAGGAUCAGCAAAACCAGCUGCGGUCACUCACUUUCAAAACGCUGGUUUUAAGUGGCAAAGAGGUAUGUGCCUCCCUUGUUACCUGCCUUAUCAACCGUUAUCUGGAUGACAAUGCAACUGUGGAUGCCAUUAGCAGCCGCCUGCGGGAAGUCUGUCCAUCUCUGUACAGUAUGGAUGAUGCUACUUGCUCCAAGGCAAAUGAGCUUCUGCAGGCAGCUCGUUUCAUUCAAGAUCGAAAUGAACGGAGACGCCAUCUCCAGGAGUCAUUGCGGCUCCUGAAGGCAGUAGCACAACCCUUACAGUUGACUGUGGUUUGUAACCAGCUGGCAGCAGUAGGCCAUUACACAGGCAUUGUGGAGCUGUGUUUGGCAGAGGCUAAAAAGUGUGACCCACAUGACCUUGCCCAGCAUUUCUACACUCAAGGUGAACAGCCUGAGGAUGGACAAGGCAUGCAAGCAUAUAUCCACAGAAUGGAAUGUUACAAGUGCAUCACAGAGACACUUGGGUAUCUGUGGAGUGCUGCUGCAACUGUCCCCCAAUCUCCGUCUAUGCCAAAGACGCCAGGUCCACCUCCUCAGCAUGACCCCAGCCACAUGGCCAUUGAGCAAGCAGACCAGCAUAGAGAAGAAGUUUUUCAACUGUGUUUGAAGUCCACAGAUAUGCUUUUCCACUCUGCCUUGUAUGACUGGCUUUUUGCCACCAAUCGCUUGGAAAAAUUAUUAGAGAUUGGCACACCUUAUCUUGAAGCCUACCUUAAGCGUCGAUCGACACAGUCUACAGACAAGGUGGCUGCCUUGGAUUUGCUGUGGAAACACUAUGAAAAAAACAGCAAUUUUAUGGCUGCAGCUCACAUCCUGGCUCAACUGGCACAGCGUCAUGGAACGGACCUGACACUGACCCGGCGUCUGGAGUACUUGUCACGUGCUAUAAUGUGUGCUAAGUCAGCAACAACUCUGAGUGGCACUACACACAGUGGGGAGUUUCUGCAUGAACUGGAAGAGAAAAUGGAAGUAGCGCGUCUGCAGCUGCAGGUGCAACAAGCUCUGCAACGAAUGAGAGAUGGUGCCAAACCCUUAAGCCAUCAGGCUGAUAUUAGAGAUGCCAUUGAGAAGCUGCAAGCUGAUCUUCAUGACAUCACAACGUUGUAUGAAGAGUUUGCUGACCGCUUUGACCUUUGGGAGUGCAAGUUGGCUAUUGUGCAUUGUGCAAAUCUUUAUGACAGUGCUCUUAUAGAAAACUUGUGGCAAAACAUUAUCUCUAAAGAAUUAUUAAUUCCUGGAGGAAUAAAAUCAAUGGACCAAUUAACCAGUGUUAGUGAGCGACUUGUCAGCAUAAUGCGGAAUUAUGUCUCUGCCGAACGCUACUUUCCUCUUGCCUUCAUAGUUCGACAUCUAGAAACACAUAGUUGCGAAAUAGGCAUUGAUCUUCGCUGGGUCUUCCUUGCUAUGCUGAAUAUUGGCGUCUCACCAACACGACUUCUGGAACUCUAUGACAGACUUUUCAAGUCAAGGGAUCCUUUUUGGCAGACUGUAGGCCAGCCUUUACAUCUGCUGGCAGUGCUUCACUCUCUACUGUCUUACCUAGCAGAGAACCCCUCACGCAUUCCUUCAUCUGAUAGGCGACGCUUCAAUUUGGUAUGCCUAGAUGCUGUGGCCAGCUACCUGAUAGAGCUUCAGGCCAAUAGUAGUGACAGCAGUGUGCGGCGCCUUAUCGCUCAGUUCAAGGCAGUACAAGCACAGCUUGAACGCAUGUAAUGGACAUUUAAUUGCCCCAAAUGGAGAAAGCAAUGUAGAUGAAUCAAAAGCAGUCUUUAGGGGUGGGGCAGUGAUUUUGGGAUAACAUCCUGCUUAAAAUUUAUUCAGAAACUGGAGAAUAAGUUGCUGCCCAGGAAGGUUUUCCCAGACAUGAAGUGAUAGGCUGCUGAUGAUGUUGGUUACAGAAUGGACUAAUGCCAGAACCAAUACAUAACCACCCUGUGCUGUGUAUGUGGGACUAUGGUCACUGGUGCUUCUCUGAGAUGAAAUUACAUGUGUUGAAGUCCAUUACCCUUAUUUACUGAAACACUUUUAGAACUUUUAUGCCAUUUGCAGCAAAGAGGUCCCCCUUAUUUAAGUGAAAAGGCGCCUAAACAUGUGGAUGUUUGCAUGGAGUAUUGAGAUUGUCAUGAUUGCUGUGCUUGUGACAGUGUUCUCAUGUGAUGUGUUUCAGUCUUAGAACCAUUUGUAUACACAGUUGAAGACUGCUUUUAUCUGCAGCUGCCAAAAGUUGCUAUUUCUUUGUCCCCUGGAAUUCAUAAAAAAGGACGUCAGAAAAUGUAAUAUUGAUGUGCUCACUGUAAGAAUGCAUUGUGACUGGAAAAAAUGUUGAUAUACCAUAUUUUAUGACAAGUGUGCUUAAGUGAUUGGUACCAAACAUGUUUUCCCCUUGUCAAAAGUGAAUCAGUUAUUUUAAAAGGCAAUGUUUACUUUUUUUUAAAAUAUAUUUUUACUGUGUUGUUCAAAGAUGCUUAAUAACCAAAUGUUACACUACUGAUCUUUAAAGAAAAUUUAACAUCCUGCUUAUUCUUCUUAAUUUUUGUAGCAAUGAACUUACACAGGACAUUUAAUGAAACUGACAAACAGUUGCAUGUAAGUCAAUCAGCUUGUUUAUUUAGAAAGACUCAACUGUUCCUCAGCUUCCAAAAUAUUUUUUUGCUCACUUGUGCGCAGCAGGAUAUAUAUAUUUGCUGUUGUUUUCCUGUUGCUGCUUAUUCUGGCAGUAAAAGUACUCUUUCUUGCAUACUAGCUCACCAAGCCCUAAAUGGGUCAAGCUUUGUCCAGAUGUUGAUGGCCAUCAGUACAUCACACCAAAAGUGCUUAUGGACUGCAUCAGUACAGUCUACUGAUUUGAAACGUGGACAACUUGUUUUGAAUCAACCAUGUUCUGCUGAUGUAUCAGGGUUUCUAAUCUGGUCUGAAUUCCAGUGGGCCAUCAUUUGUCUUUGAAUGUCCUGUGCCUCCUGCACUUGAGCUUCUGUACAAUAGUCCUAUGUAUAUAACAGAUGCACACAUUUAAAUACAUCUGGACAUUUCUGUAUUCCACAUGCACUGUUUACACAAAAACAUUAAAAAACUUUUAUGUUAAACUAUUUUUGGUAAAUGUGUUAAUUCUAAAAUUGCAGAACUUUUAAUUCUUGGUCAUUACGAUAACAAUAUAAACAAAAUCUGACAUCCUGGAUGAGUUAACCUGAGAGGAAAUUUUCUAAAAUCCACCCUUUUUGAUGGUUCUUGUUGAUGUUUCUAGAUGGUAAAUAAAAGUGUUCUAUUAAAAAAAAA